AUGACCAAACCGGAAAUUUGGAAUCGCGUGUUCACUAGAGACUCUAAUGCAGAUACGGACACUUUGGUGGGGGUUGAGCAGCAGCAGAAAUUCCAAGACAGAUUUGGCCAGUUUCUCCAGCAUGAUUCGCACUGGACCCUCAACACGCUGGAUGGAGUACUUUCGUACUAUUAUAACCUGUCCAUCGCGACCCCCAAAUUAUGCAAUUUGAGGAUGUUUAUGAUUGCAGACGGCGCCCAUGUUAACCGCUCCACAUUGCCUGAUAAUGGAGGCAAGUGGUUUAAUCCUCACUGUCGUGUGCUUGGAGUUGUUGACUUCAAGCCCCAGGGUGACAUUAUCUUCAUCGUUGGGUCCGAUGAUGUGCACAAUUCAGAGCGUUUCAUGCAGGUGGCCAGUUGGGAUCAGAAGACGUUCCACUAUUAUGCAGGCAACGCGUUGAACGCGUUCACGGAUGGGUCAUCUUACGACAUGUCGUAUCUUGGCCCCUUUAAUGGUCAUGUCAAUGGAGCGUGUAUCAUGAAAGAGAUUCAUGAUCCUUGGUACCACUGGAAGACCGACACGACCGAUUUGAAGCAAUGCCUUAGCGAAGAGCAGAUCAACCGUCUCAAGAGCAUACCAUAUAUCUCGCCCGCCUCCUGGAACUUGCUUGGUAACGUAAGCAGCGCCGAAGGGCUGGAGGGUGACAUCAUCAAGGUUCUGGUCCCUAAAUGGUUCCAGUUGCACCGAGACGAAGACUUCAAAGAGAAUGGCCAGUAUAAGUCCGAGCCAGCCAAUCUCCACCGCUGGAUGGCUCAUUUGCUUCUCACCACGACCAUCAACAUUGCAACUGGUGCGAAAGUACUUACAUUCUGGGAGCAGAACCCAUCAGGAAUGGCUCUGCCUUUCAGAGCUCCGACAAAUUUAUUCAUGAAUUUUGAGCUUUUGCUGCAAAGCAAAUUCAAUGACAUCAAUGGACCCCUAGCAAGUUUCUCUGGUGAAUUUAGCUAUGAAGACUACCAAAAGGCCGUGGAAGAUCUGCAACUCGGUCUUUUACAGGAAUGGGAUAAAGAUCCAGAUGAAAAGCACCCAAAACGCCCAAAAGCACCCCCGAAAGGUGUAAGAAUGGCGCAAAUUACCAAGGGCACUCUUGGUGGUGGUAAACAGACAGACAUGUAUGAUUACACCUAUUUCUUGGUCGUCCAGGAAAAAUCAGAAGGCGAGGAAAUGUACUUCAUCACCCUGCAGACCUCACUGGAGGAUUCAAUGGGUGUGCUGAACCUGCCCGACAAUCUCGUUAGUCAAAAGCUGCUCCACUCUAUCCUCCUUGUCGACUUCUGCAACCCAGUCUACAGCUGGCGUCGUGGUGUUCUAAUGCAAUACCUCCCCAAGACGACAAAACUUGUCGAUGGAAAUUACGACAUGGAGGCUGCAUUUGUUGCUACAAUUCGUGCUUCUUCACACGCCUCUGAGGCUGAUUCCCCUGAGUUGCAAUUCCUCAAGCUCUAUGACAACCCUCCUUCGAAUGAUGAGAUUAGAUUCACCUUUCAAUCCUACCUGGACACAGUGACGCACAGAAUCAAAACUUCCCAGGGUCUAACCGAUUACAUGAAACUCGCCGAGGCUCGCCGUCGCAUAUAUCGCCCUCUGCCUCUCGAUGAGUUUGGUCUCACGCUUCCGUAUGCGCUUGCGCUUCCGACUGAUUGGAAGCUUAUUGAGAUGACACAAGAAGCGACUGUGACUGAGAUCCCAGAGCGUGGGCUGAAAUUCUUGAAGUGUUGGACGGGCACUCUGCAUGGAUUCGAUCCGAAAUUGUUGCCCACGGAUGGUUGUUAUGCCCAGGCGAGAGGGGGCAAGUGUCCUAGACGCUAG